AUGACACACACAAGAUCAGUAUUAAAGAAAAGGAAGAAAUCUUUCAAGGUCAGGAAUUAUGAUCAUGAUCCUGAUCAGGCCACUCAGGAGAAGUUACUUUCUGGGAUUUCACAGUAUGUAGGGAAGGCAAUUAUGUAUGACAAAGAAAUGAUUAUGGAGGCAACCAAUGACCUUGAUGAACUCUGUAAAAUUGGGGAUUCAAUGUACAAAGCCACCAUGUAUGGGGAGGUUUUAGCCAUAAAGAGAACCAAUUAA